UCAUUUCUCAAUUGCUUCCUCUCUUUCUCCUGAUUUCCCUGUUCGAAUACAAGAAAAGUCACAAUGGGUUUCGGAGCUCCAGGCACCGGCGUGACUCCCACCAAGCCCACUCCUCCCGAGCGCGGCAGUUUCCCACUUGACCAUGAAGGCGAAUGCAAACACCUCAUCGCCGGUUACCUGAAAUGUAUCAAGUCCCAGCGCGGCGUCAACGAUGAAGAGUGCCGGAAACUGGCAAAGGGAUAUCUGGCUUGCCGGAUGGAUAAGAACCUGAUGGCACCGGACGAGUUCAAGAACUUGGGACUUAUUUUCGACAAGGAAGGCAAGAAUGCGAAUGAGAAGUCGUGAGGUUGGUUGAAUUUGGUGAAGCUGUAUGAUACCAUGUCUGAUGUUUAGAUAUUUCUUGUUCUCCUGGGCGUUGGC